AUGGGAAAUGAUGGAGGGUCCAUUGCAAAGAGAAAUGAUAUAAUAAACUUAUAUAAAAAAGAAGCCGAAAGUAACAACAAUUAUGAGGACGACUUUACUGUGUAUACGAUUUGUAAAUUGUCGAAGAAACUGCUUAUUGACAAACCUAUUGUGAGUGAUUACAAAGGAAAUAUGUUUUUAAAAGAAGAAAUAAUCAGGUUUCUAAUAAGGAAAGGCUACAAAACAGAUGAAUCAUUUUCACAUAUCAAGAAUCUUGGGGAUAUAAUCGAUAUAAAAGCCAAGUUCGAAGAGGGAAAACUCAUUUGUCCAGUAACAAAAGCAUCGAAUACCUUUAUUUACUCUCGAAACUGUGGAUGUGUUGUGGAUAAGAAGCUCAUAGAUGGGCUCAUCAAAGAGGAAGUGUUAAGUUGCCCCAACUGUGAUAAGGAUUUGGAAAAGGUUGACAUAGUUGUGAUAAACAACGAUAAGAAUAACGAUUUAAACUAUGAAGAGUUGAAAUCGAAAGGGUUGAACCAUUCAAAGAAACCGAAGAAAUCGAAGAAAUCCAAAGACUCCACAUCGAAUCAAGAAAGUACAACCAUUAAAGAUUCAGAAAGAAAAAGGAAAGUGGAAGAGGAUCAUCCAGUAAAGAAAAUCACAAAGUGA